UGCAUUCGCUUAAGGCCAACAGCCAGCGAUAAGAGGCUGUAACCUCCCUUUCAUUUCUGUGAAUUCAAGGUUGGUACAGCAUCGCUCUUCUGCGGACGUUGUAAGUAUGUGUGUCAAAUUAUAAUACCAACAGUGCCAUUGUGUGAUGUGGAGAGUCCCGCGUUUUAGGGUUUGAACACCGAACUCGCCCAUAUUGUGACCACUGGACUGUUGCCAUUGUUCAUGGGUUUCACCCAAAAGGGCAAGCGACGUAAGUUGACCAUUCGAAAUGUUUUACUUGUGACGAAAAUGGCAGUUACCUUCUGUUUUGAUAUAGUGUUGAGUGAUAUAUAUGUAAUUCAAGGGUGCCUGCACUUCGAGGUAGAAAUGUUAUUAUAAGUGAAAUGCGCAAAACUCGAAUUCAAUUCGAAUCACAGAUCACAGAUACUGGAACUUGUUUUACGAAAUUCGGUCAUGACUUCAGUUUCAGUUUCUGAUUCAUAUGUUUUGCGUUCAAAUAUAGCCAGUUAUGAUGUGGCAUACCUCGCGGAAUUGAUCAUUCAUGUCGCGAUCUAAUGGGUACAGGUUUUACAAAAGUGGGUGCCGAGGACGAUGUCCAACGGCUUAUGCGGCUUAUGAGUUUUCUGAAGUUGAGGAAACAAGCAGGAAAUAUGUGCUAAUGUAAAGCAUAAUUUGUAUGCAGUGUCAAUAAUCAGAUUGUAAGUAUACGGUUGAAAUGACACGAUGCAACACAAAUUGUUGUGAAAUAUAAAGCGAUCGUAACAUGUAAUCUUGAUAUAUAAGAUGGGUUGCUACGUUUGUUACAUAAAAUUGCUUUUUUAGGUCCAAUGACCUAAUAAAUGUUCCUCUUUUACAGAUUUGUCAGGUGUUUCCCACUAACUUUUCCAAUGGCACGAAAGGUGCCACUGGUAAUAGGAUUUACAACUGUCGUUGUUUUUCUAUAGAUAACAUAUGUCAGCUUUUCACUAGUUUUCGAGGCAUUUAAUGAACUUUACCAUGUUCACCUAAUAAAUGUUGUUUUCUUUCAGAUUUGUCAGCUGUUUCCUACUGGCUUUGCUCAUGGCACGAAAGGUGUCACUGAUAUUUGGAUUUAUAUCCGUCGUUGGUUUUCUAUGGAUACUAUUGGUCUUCUCUUCUCUACAAAUAUUCACACGUACAAACCAUGAUGAUGACAUUUUAGAUUCCUUAAUACACCCAACACGAGUUUAUGUAAAGAAUGUGUACGGAAAGGAAGUACAUACAUUUUACAUUGACAAGAGGGAACAUGACGUUCUGGUCUUCGUACAAAUACCCUUCACCGGUGCCGAAGAUUUGUCGACUGUGCUUCAGAAUGGCCUUAUAUAUGGCAAGUGUCGUAGCUGUAAAGGACAAAAAGACUGCCCAUGCUACAUAUAUAGCAGAGAAUCAGUGUUGUUUUCCAGCAUUAAGCACCCAUGGCCGUGUGGCAAAUACCCAGGCUUGAGGACGCUGGUUGAAUGUAUAAGCGGAUCCCGAAACUUAGGCAUUCGUCGGAAACCACUAUCGAAAAUGAGGUAUCUUUACAUGACACUUCUACGAUACCCAGCACACCAUUUCUACCAUGAGUGGAACGAAGUAAAGAAGCAUGGAUGGCCAAAGUGGUCUCAGGUUCCUUCGGACAAACUAAACCAUGCGAGCCGAGAAUGCCGUGCGAUGUCCAAGGGGAAAGAUGUCAGUUUCAAACAUUUUACUGGCUGUCCACAGAACCCCGCCAUCAACAGACAAACACAAAUGUUAGCAAAUAUGUCCUUAGACGAAUGCCUUUCUACCACUAAAAUGUCCGAAAGGCAGUGUUAUGAUAAAAUGUUGAGCAGUGCCAAAGAUGCCCUUAAACAUAUGGCGUUCUUUGGAAUAACGGAGUAUUCGUACAUGACUCAGGUGUUGUUCGAAGAGACGUUUAAGUUAAAAGUAGUCGGUAAAUAUGUUCUUCCACCGCACAUGCACAAACACAUGAAUUCUUCCGAUAUUUCACGUGAAGAAUUUGAGGCCAUUUCUACGCUCAACAAGUAUGAUUUCUUGCUGUAUGAUCAUGCACUAGAGUUGUUCUUUGAACGAUAUGACACACUAGUUACAUAUAGGGUUACUGAGUCCUAACACAGAGGGUAUAUUUUCACUGUCUGUUUCUGUUUCUUGUUUCACCAUACAACUUCAAUAAAUCAUGUCUACACAGA